ACUUUCAAAAUAUGCUUGGCGUAAAUCUCCUGCAGGAACUUUUAAAAGUAGAACACACACGUGUCUCUCUGGUCUCACUGUGAUAUAUGGAAGGACCUUUGCUUGAGGCUUUGCAUAGAGGAAGUUCCACGUUGAAGCCCCAACAUUUCCCCCUAAAAAGGAUCAGGUGUGUGUGUGUGUGUUUUGGGGGGGAAUCUUUCGGAGCACUUGCAAGCAGUUAGCAAUGGGAACCAGCUUCCUGGUAUCUCCAGACCUGCUAUAUUUAGUUCUGGGUGAAGAACAUUGCUUAUCUUGGAGAAGUCAGUCGGAUGACAUGGAGGGAAAUACCAUGAUUUUUUCCAUGAUGAGAGCAUUCAAUAACUACCUGUCACAACCUGUGGAGGAAGCACCUGAGUCUCCUCAAGGCUCUCUGCAAAUUAAUUAUGAGCAGAUGAUGAAGCUUGAAGAGCAGGCUGGGCAAAUCCGUUCAGGGACACAGCUCUUGCAAGUGGAACGGGAGAAAAGGCAAAUGGAACUGAGUCACAAAAGGGCUCGGAUUGAGCUGGAGAGGGAGGCCAAUACAAAUGCAAGGAAUUUUGAGCGGGAGGCUGACCGUAACCAGGAGCUCCUGCAGCGCAUCAAGCAGUUCCAGGAAAGGGAGACUGAAGCAGAAAAUAAGCUUCAAGAACAAGUUGAGAUUAACAAAACUUGUCGGAAGAAUUUAGAGUCCCUGAACAAAAAGGUGCAGGAGAAAGAGAGCAAGUUGGCUGAAGCCAAUGAAACAAUCAGUGUGCUGAAGGGGAAGAUAUCAGACUUGCAGUGGAACUUAAUGAAUCAGGAGAUGCAAAUGAAGAGCCAAGACUCACAGAAGCAGGAGCUGACUGAACAGCUGGAUGUGCUACACAAAAAGUGGCAGGAAGCCAGUCAGCAAAUCCUGGCUCUACAAGCAAAAGAAGCCCUUUUGGCCGAGAAGGAGCAGAGGAUUCAGGAUCUGGAGCAAAAGCUCUUUCUGCAAGAGGAGGACUCUAUAAUUGUGAAGAACAUGAAGAGUGAAUUGGCGAAGUUUCCCAAAAUGGAGCGAGAGUUGCAGCAGCUCAGAGAGGAGAAUGCUUUUCUCAGAGAAAUGAAGGAAAACAACGGAUUACUCAGAGAGGAGGUAGAGGGACUUCACAGGAAGCUAGAACGCUUUGAGAAACUUCAGGCAGAACUGGUAGCUUUGGAAUUAGACAAGGAGAAACUUCAAGGGAGGCUGGAUUCAUGGGAGAAACUGGACCAAAGCACUGGCUUAGACAUCAAGAGCCCUGAUGAUCUCACCAGGUAUAUCAUUGCCCUCCAGCAACGGGAGCUUGUUCUGAAAGAACAGAACUCCACUGUCUCAAGCAGUGCGAGGCGUUUGGAGGAGGCACGAGCACAGCUACAAGAAGAAUUACUGAAGGUCCAGGGCCAGCUGCUUGAAGAGAAGAGUAAACGUGAGCAGCACGAAGCUAUAACCAAGGGCUUGCAGAAACGUGUGCAUUUGCUCGUCAAGGAACGUGAUCUGAUGAGAGGAAUCCUGGACUCUUAUGACAUUGAGCUGAGCCCAACAGAACGCUCUCGACAGCUGAGCCUCCGUGUGCGCGAAGCUGAGGAAAUGGUGCAGAAAGUAGAAGCACAUUGUACUGAAAUGGAGGCUCAAGUGUCCCAGACUUUGGAAGAAGCUGGAAAUCAGAAGAAAAGAGCAGACAUGUUGGAAGUCGAGCUACAGCUGCUGAAGAGUCAGGCGUUCGCGACAGAUCCGAGCAUCUUCAUUGCUAAAGAGGAAGCAAACAAGCUGCGAUUAAAGAUUGAGGAACUGGAGUCCGAACGAAACCGGUUAGAAGAGGAUAACAGGUCUCUCGAAAUGAAACUGGAACAGUUCACUCUUCAGGGCUACCAUGAUCCGAGCAAAACCAAAGUCCUCCACUUUAGCCUGAACCCGGCACGCCUGGCCAGGCAGCAGCAUCUGGAGGAGCAGGUGAAUCUGCGAGAGGAAUGUGAACGCCUGAGAGAGUUGGUCAGGAUCCUGGAAGGUCAAGGUUCCCUCCCAGAAAAACUGGGAGGGGCUUUAAAUCUCCAGCCAUCCCAAGAAAUAGCAGAACUAAAGAAGCAGUUAGAGAGUGCUGAGCUGAAAAACCAGCGCUUGAAGGAGGUGUUCCAGGCCAAGAUCCAGGAGUUCCGCAAGGUGUGUUACAAGCUGAUCGGCUACCAGAUUGACAUGACCACUGAGAACCAGUACCGGCUCACCUCCAUCUAUGCUGAGCACCAAGAGGACUGCUUGAUUUUUAAGGCCACCAGGUCCUCCGGCGGUGGGAAGAUGCAGCUCCUGGAAACGGCGUUUUCGCAGACUGUCCGGGAACUGAUCGACUUGCACCUUCUCCAGCAGGACAGCGUGCCGGCCUUCCUCAGUGCCGUCACUCUCGACCUCUUCAGCCGCCAGACCAUCACCUAGCCUUGUCUGGGAGAGAAAACAAAACAGCAGCCUUUAGUGUUUGUGAGGAGCCCACGCGGCAUCUCCCAGUUCGAAAUCCCCGUCAUAGAGCAAGGGAGGGAGGGGGUGGGUGACGUGUGGAGGAUGAUCUGCAAGGCCUGUUGUUUCCCCCCAAUGGUGGCUGCUCUCCCCAAGGAGAUACUCCACCAUCUUUUCCUACAGUAAAAGAUGGUGGAGUGUCUCCUUGGGGAGAGCAGCCACCAGUUGACCCUUCCCAUUCUGAGAGACCAGUUAGCCUGGCCUGGUCAUCACUCUAAAGAUUCGCUCAUCCCAGCCCUAUUUCCUUCCAUGGGAAAGACAAACGGGAAUAAGUGGAGGGGGUUGUUGUUUUAUUUGAUUGGAUUGUAUUGCAAGCUGCCCUCCUGGCCUUUGGGAUGGAGUAGAGUAAAAAUAUAAGUAAACAUGUCUGAUGUCAUCCCCCAGACUUUCUGUAUCAAAGCCUUUCUUUCGUUGCCUCCGUUUUCUGCUUCUCUGAUGCCAUAUUUGUAGUUUCUCCUCUCUGCCCCUUGGGUCCCUCUGAUUCUGCCCGCCGUCCAAGGAACAGGUGGUUUUGCAUUGACUGCUGGGCAGCUGGCUUAUGACGAGGAACUCAGAUUUUCACGUAUACCCUGUGGAGGCUGAGGAGCCCCUCGCCUGUUUUGUUAAUUACUCUUCCUUGAAUUUGGGAGACGUGAGGGUGGGAUUUGUUUUUAAGCUCCAAAACAGUAUACUAUGUUAGGAAAUAGUUCUAGGGAAUUUUGUAAAUAAAGUGUCACUUUGCAUUA